AAAAUAUUUAAUUUUAAUACAUAAAUAUUUAAAUUCUAAGUAAGAUCAUGUAUUUUACCUGAGUUUAAAAUAGUUUUUAAAUAAAGUCUUUAAAGGCUAAGUUUUAAAUUUUGUUUUACAUUGUGUUUUCUUGUGUAAUGUCUUCAGUUGUGGGUUAGUGACAGAAAUCUACAAGAUUGGCUUACUUUAAGGAGUUCAAUUUGCAGCUGCUGCAUUUAAGGAAAAAGAUAUUUUCAUACUAAUUAUGCAGAAUAAAAUCCAAAAAGAAAUUCUUGAAAAAACUUGUGGCACAAUCUGUAACUAUAGAUGCAAUUUGUAUGCAACAACAGCAACAACAACUAUAGAAAACAGACAACAAAUACGAAAAAAAUUCAUACAAAAAAUCAUCAUUGUCAUAAACAAAAACAACAAAAUCAAAAGAGAUCAAUAAAAAACCAACUAAAAUAUCAAAUUAAAAGAAAGCUAAAUAAAAUUAAACUAAAUGGAAAAUCUACAACAAUAAAAAUUAAUAAAAAUUUCAUAUAUUUUAUCUACAACUAUAAAAGAAAAGAAUUUCAAAAAGAAAUCUUCUAUAACUAGUUUGAUAAAGUGAUUUAAUAUUUAAAAUAAAUAAAUUCAAUAAAUAAAUAAAUAAAAAUCUUAACUAAGCAAAGAAAAAUAAUAAAAAAAAACGGAAGUAAUCAGUCUUGUUUUUAUUGUCUAACAAGAAAUCAAUCAUACUAUAUUGAAAACGUAAAGAUUUGUAACGAAUUUGUUUUCAAUUAAACAAAGUUUGAAAAGAGUUAAUCGGGAAUUUAACAAAGUGUAUGAACAGAGAAUUUAGAUUUGUGUUGGAUAAAUAAAUAUUUAUUUAUUGAAAAAGAAAAAAAUCAUAAAUAAAUUUAAACAAAUAUAAAAAAAUAAAGAAAUAAAUAAAUUUAUAACUGUAGAUCUAUAUUUCUCUCUCUCUGUGUUUGUGUGUGUGCCUGUGAGUGAGUGUUUGCUGGCCCUAUAGUUUUGUUUGAUCGUGCUGGUUGGUAAUUUAAUCAUUAUCAUCAUCGUCUUCAUCAUCAUUUUCAAUAUUGUUUUAAACAUUUGUGUAACCAAAAACUUUUAAAGACUGAGAGUUGCAAGCGACCAUGCGCGCAUGGCUUCUACUCCUCGCAGUGCUGGCGACUUUUCAAACGAUCGUUCAAGUUGCUAGCACCGAGGAUAAUAAUAUAUCAUCGAGUUUUAUCACAGCAAUACAACCAAUUAAUAAGGAUUUUAAUCACACGGCUACAACGUCUACGACGGCGGCGGCGGCCUUUAUACAAAAACCGCCAUCAACCACAAAAACAACAAAACUAUUGGAUUUUCCCAACAACAUCUUCCAAACGGAACAGGAAAAAGCUGAUAAAACCAUUGUGUAUAAACCUCAUAAAAGUGAUAAAAGUGAUAAAACAACAAGCAAAAGUGAACAAGUGCAAAAUAUUGAUAAUAAUCAAAUUGAUAUUGAUACAAAUACAGAUACAGAUAGUAGUAGUAAAAACAUUAUAAUUGAAAUAAAAAAUAUUGAAGAAAUCGAACAAAUAAACGAUUUAGAAAACGAAGUGAUUGAAAAGAAUCAUCAUCAUAAAAAUAAAAAACAACAAAAUAAGAAAUUAAAUAAAAAUCUUAACAAAAUGGCUUUAAAAGAAAGUGAAAUAGAACAACAACAAAAUGAAAAUUUACAACAAAACCAAAAAACCACACAACAACAAAUUCAAAUUCAUACAGAAGAGGAUACACAACUAAAUAAAGAAAGUUCCUCUAACCAUAAACACCAACAACAUCAUCAUCAUCAUAAACACCAUCAACAACAUAAAUCACAACCUGCCUCUCAACAACAACAACAGCAACAUCAUCAUCAGCAAACAACAACAACAUUUAGUGAUAAUUUAACAUCAGCAACAACAUCUCAACACACCUCCUCCUCCUCCUUCACCUCAUCUAACGAAGAAGAAGAUUCUUCAUCCUCCUCCACCAACAUGGAUUUAGAUGUUGCCAUUUCCCGAAAUGAUGAUGGUGCCAUUAGUGUGGAAUCUCAAGAGCCCCAAGUGGAUGCUGUCAUACCCGAUGAGGGACCACGCACCUUUAGCAAUCAGGAGGUUAUCGCCGAAAAGGCCAAACCCGAUCCCUCAACUCUAGUCGAAAUUGAGAACAGUUUAUUGUCGCUGUUCAACAUGAAGAGGCCGCCAAAAAUUGAUCGCUCCAAGAUUGUCAUACCAGAGGCCAUGAAGCAAUUGUAUGCCCAAAUAAUGGGUCAUGAAUUGAAUUCUGUAAAUAUACCAAAACCUGGAUUGCUAACAAAAUCCGCCAAUACCGUGCGAAGUUUUACACAUCAAGAUAGUAAAAUCGACGAUCGGUUUCCGCACCAUCAUCGGUUUCGUUUAUAUUUCGAUAUAAAGAGCAUACCCACGGAGGAGAAGCUUAAAGCGGCCGAAUUGCAAUUAACACGUGACGCCAUCAGUCAUGCCACCUUAAAUCCCCGCCUGGCCAAUCGUACGCGCUAUCAAGUGCUCGUCUACGAUAUUACAAGGGUGGGCGUGAGGGGCAAACGUGAGCCGAGCUAUUUGUUGUUGGACAAUAAGACGAUACGUCUGAAUAGCACGGAGACGGUGAGUUUGGAUGUGCAACCCGCUGUUGAUCGGUGGCUGGCUACACCGAAAAAGAAUUUCGGUCUGUUGAUAGAGGUGAGGACAUCACGCUCUCUUAAACCGGCGCCCCAUCAUCAUGUACGUUUGCGCCGCAGUGCGGACGAAGAGCAUGAGCACUGGCAGCGCAAACAACCGGUGCUGUUCACUUACACCGAUGACGGGCGCCACAAGUCGCGCUCGAUACGUGAUGUCAGCACGCGCUCGAAACGGGCGGGUGGCCAUCACAGGAGAACGCAUCGGCGCAAGAAUAAUGAGGAGAUUUGCAGACGCCACUCGUUGUAUGUGGAUUUUGCUGAUGUGGGCUGGAGUGAUUGGAUUGUGGCGCCGCCGGGCUAUGAUGCCUUCUACUGUCACGGUCGCUGUCCGUUUCCCAUAGCGGAACAUUUGAACUCCACCAAUCAUGCGGUAGUGCAAACCUUAGUCAAUAGUAUCAAUCCAGGAAAGGUGCCAAAGGCCUGCUGUGUGCCCACACAGCUAGAGGGCAUAUCGAUGCUCUAUCUGAACGAUCACAGUACCGUAGUGCUAAAGAACUAUCAGGACAUGACCGUGGUGGGCUGUGGCUGUCGGUAAAAACCACUUAAAUUUGGCCAACACCAGCCACAAACGGGUUAAUUACUACAAAUUUUUAGCAACAAAAAUCUAAUGAAAAUGAAGCCAAAUACAACAACGAAAUAAACUAAAACUAAACAACCAACUAACAGCUCUUAUACUAAAGAGAUUAUCAAGAAGAAACUCUCUCACUCUCUUAGGUUUUAACUAAGAGAGAAGGGACUUUGAAGAACAGAGUUUUAGUUGAACACGGUUUGUGCCACGGUUUCAAAAACAAUAAAAUGUCGUGAUAUUUAAGCGUGAGUGUUCAUCAAACAGCCAACAUGCCAAGUCAGUCAGUCAGCCAGCCAGCCGGCCCAGUUAAGCAGAUGGCUUAUUAAAUGACUAAGAGAGUGAACAAAACAAAGCAGUGUCAAAGUAAAUGUCUGCAUGAAUGUUAAGGGCCGAGUGUCUCAGCCCUCCUACUCCUCUCUCUCGCUCGCUCUCUUUGUAACGCUUUAAUAAGUUUUAAUUAUUUUAUUUUAUUAUUUCUUAUUAUUUUUUUUAAUUUUUUAUUAAAUUUAUUUUGAUUUUUUGUUUAUAAUAAUUAUUUUUUAUUUGUUUAUAAAAUAAUGUAAUUUUAAACAGAAAACAAACGCAAUCUAAGUGGACUGAAUUAUUGAAUUUUUUUCUUUGUAAGUGUAAAUACUAGAUUUUAAACAAAAGGAAAAACAAAACAAAAAUUAUAACUUAAACUAAAUAGAGUUGCGGAGUUUUAGCUAUAAACUAAACUAAAAAAAAUAAAUUAAAUUAAAACAAAAACAAACAACCACAACAACAACAAGAAAAAUAAACCAUAACUAAGUAGUCACUAAAUAAAUAUAUUUAAACAAAAGAAAUUGUAAAAAAAAACUAAAAGUAAAAACCUAAGCUAACCAUUUUGACAGCUAGGCUGUCAAAAAUAGGUCUAGUUUCUGGUCACGCCCCCAGCUUAGCCUCUUUUUCGUAUUAAACAACAAAAAAAUAAAAUAAAUAAAAAACAAAACAACCAUUUAACAUUUAAAACGCUAGUACGUUGUUCUAUUAAACAAAUUUCUCAUAGUGCCAUUUUGUUUUUUCUCUCUCACUUCCUCCCUCUCAUACAACCAUAUACUCACUCAGCAUAAUCUCUUAUACUUUAUAACUUCCUUUCUCUCACUCUCACCAACUCUUUUCCUAAUGAUACUCUUAAUUUUGUGUAUAGAAAGAAUUUAUGUAAAUGUUGAACAGAAAAUUAUAAAUUAUAACUUCAUAAGUAUAAUUUUAUAACUUUAGAAAAAUAUUUUUGUAACUCGCAAAUUUCUUCUAAACAUUUUUUUGUAUGUAUUUAUAUAUAAAUAUCAAACACCAGCAACAACUCGAAAUUAUUAUUGUAUUCUAUACUUUUUUUCUUUAAAUAAUAUUAUUUUUUAAAAAUAAAUCAAAUCAAAUAUUUUAUUUUGUUUGUUUAGCGAAUACAUCCUUACAUUUAAGGAUUCUAUUAUAUAUAUAUUAAAUUAAAAUAAAAUAAAUAAUAAUUACCUUAAAUUAAGCUAAAUAACUCUAAUUUUAAUUAUAAUAAUUUUUUAUGUUUUAUAAAUGUAUUUUAUUUUGUGUAUCUCUUAAUUUAAACAAACAAAAAAAAUUUACUAAAUAAGUUUAAUUUAAAAAACAAAUUGAUGAAAUUAAACUGUAGCCAUAUUUGUUUACUCUCUCUCUCUCUCUCUCUUACUCUCUUACUCUCUCAUAAAAUGUAAUGUAAAUGUUUGACCCAACCCUGACCUUUUGUAUUUCCCUAAUUGUGUAUAAUUUUCUAUACCCAUUCUGUUUUUUUGUAACUUUCCUCCCCCCCUGCUGUAUUGUAAUUUUAAGUUUAUAUCCUUUAAGUUUCUCUCUCUCUUUUCUCUCUGAAAUUUUCUAUGUAAUUCUCUGUAUAUGUAUAAUUUUUUUAUUAUUUAUUUAUAAAACAAACAAAAAAUGAAAAGAAAAUAAAAUUUUUUUUAUUUUAUAAUUAAAAACGAAAAAUGAUAAUAAUUUUAAAGAACAAGAAAAACAACAAAAAAAAUAAAACUAAAUUACAAAAAAAAAAAUUCAAAUAAAAAGAAAAAAAUUUUAUAUAAAAAAAAUAAA